UACUAUUUUUUUGGUUCAAAUAAAAAAGGUUACUAUUUCUUUACUAAGAAAACUUCCAGUGUAAGUAUGAGGUCGACAGUCAUCACCGAUUACUUUUGCCCUUUUGAUUGGAAAGACCACCGACUCCCUGAUGUUCUCAUUUUCUCAAGAGGAUGACAUAACCAGAGAGAGAAAAAGAGAGGAAUGUUUUAAGCGCUCGUUGGUUUUACACGUGUCCGAAUACAUCCUGUCAAGAUGCUUGUGCAUUUCCAUCGGGUUGGCUCCGGGUCCGGUUUAUCCCGCCAAAUUCAAAACUCUGGAUUAUAAAUACCCCGCCGAUUUCAUUUUUACCUCUCGAUCGUUUCGCUGAGCACCGGGAUUGGAGAGAGAGUUCGAAAGCUUUCUUCAACUUCUCGAUCUGCAAGUCUGUCAAAAAACGUGUGCGACUAUGGAUUCAUAUACACUGAAGUCCGUGUCAGAUUUGCCUGCUCCUUUUCGAUCAACUUUUAGUUUCAGAUAUUUCAAUUCUCUGCAGAGUGAAUGCUUUCCAGUUUGUUUCCACUCUGAUGUAAACAUGGUCGUUUCUGCACCAACUGGAAGUGGUAAAACAGUACUCUUUGAGCUUUGCAUCUUGAGGCUUCUCUCGCGGUUCAUCUCUGAGGAGAAGUUUUUUCAUGUGAAGGGAACCCUCAAGACAAUCUACAUAGCCCCAUCUAAGGCUUUAGUACAGGAGAAGCUUCGUCAUUGGAACCAAAAAUUUGGAUCGUGGGGUAUAAAUUGCUUGGAGCUGACUGGAGACAACGAAUCUUACAGCUUAAGGAAUGUACAAGAAGCAGACAUUAUUCUAACCACUCCUGAGAAAUUUGAUGCAGUAACUCGGCAUAGCUUAAAAGGUGGUGGCUUAAGCUUUUUCAGUGAUAUAGCUCUUCUCCUUAUUGAUGAAGUCCAUCUAUUGAAUGAUCCACGUGGAGCAGCUUUGGAGGCAAUCGUCAGUAGAAUUAAGAUUCUUUCUCAAAACCCUGAUAUGAAAUUAAGUUCCUUAGCAAAUGUUCGUUUUCUAGCUGUAUCUGCAACAAUUCCAAAUAUUGAGGACCUUGCAAUGAAAUCUUUGAGAAGUUACACCUCCAUUAAAACAAUUGCAGCGGAAUGGCUCAAGGUUCCUGUCCAAGGGAUCAAAAGGUUUGGAGAAGAAAUGAGGCCUGUAAAGUUGACUACAAAAGUUUUUGGCUAUGCCCCAGCAAAAAAUGAUUUUCUAUUUGAAAAACGCCUCCAGAAUUAUAUAUUUGAUAUCCUAAUGCAAAAUUCAAGAGGGAAAUCUGCUCUGGUCUUUUGUUCAACUAGAAAAGGAGCACAGGAAGCAGCACAGAGGAUCUCUCAUGUUGCCAUGACCUUUGGUCAUUCAAAUCCAUUCAUCAAAGACAGAGAACAGCAGGAAAGACUAAGGGAAGCCUCAUUAUCAUGCAGUGACAAACAAAUGCAAUCUUACAUUAUUUACGGUGUUGGUUAUCACAACGGUGGACUUUGUCUCAAGGAUCGCAAUCUCAUUGAAAGUCUUUUUCUUAAGGGUGACAUUCAAGUACUGUGCACAACAAACACACUUGCCCACGGAAUCAACCUACCAGCACAUACAGUAGUAAUAAAAUCAACGCAGCACUUCAACAAAGAAAAAGGUCUAUACAUGGAAUAUGACAGAUCCACAAUACUACAGAUGUGUGGGAGGGCAGGUCGGCCACCAUUUGAUGAUACAGGAGUAGUUAUAAUCAUGACAAGGAGAGAUACGGUUCAUUUGUAUGAGAAUCUCUUGAAUGGAUGUGAAAUGGUGGAAUCACAAUUGCUCUCAUGUUUGACGGAGCAUUUAACUGCAGAGAUAGUUCAACUGACUGUCUCUGACAUUACAAGGGCAAUUGAAUGGAUGAAAUGUUCGUACUUGUAUGUGAGGAUGAAGAAGAACCCUGGAAAUUAUGCAGUCAAAAAAGCCAUUUCUAGUGACCGUAUAGAGAAGCAUUUGCAAGAGAUUUGUGUGCAGAAAGUUAACGAGUUAUCGAUGCAUCAAAUGAUCUGGACCGAUGAGGAUGGUUUUCUAUUGAAACCGUUAGAGCCUGGAAGGUUGAUGACAAAGUACUAUCUGAAAUUUGAUUCAAUGAAACUCAUAAUGCAGACCCCUGUAAACUGCACCUUAGAAGAUGCUCUUCGGAUUAUAUGUCGUGCCGGAGAAAUUGCAUGGAUACAACUCAGACGCAAUGAGAAAAAGCCGCUAAACGACAUUAACAAUGACAAAGAUGGUAGACUUCGAUUUCAUAUCCUCAGUGACAAUGGGAAACGGAAAAAGCGCAUUCAAACCAGAGAAGAGAAGAUAUUUGUUUUGGUCAAUGACUGCUUGACUGGUGAUCCUUCUGUUCGUGAUCUAUCACUGACCCAGGACAUGAAUUCUAUAUGCUCAAAUGGGUGUCGAAUUGCCAAGUGCAUGAAAGAAUUUUUUAUAUACAAAAAGAACUACAAAGGGGCCUUGAAUUCAACCCUUCUUGCAAAGUCGUUAUAUCAAAAGCUCUGGGAUGACAGUCCUUACCUGCUGAAGCAGUUACCUGGUAUUGGCAUGGUGACAGCAAAGGCAUUACAUUCGAUGGAAAUUCAAUCAUUUGAAGCACUAGCUGAAGCUGACCCCAGGAGAAUAGAGAUAAUCACUGGGAGAAAAUACCCAUUUGGAAACCACAUUAAGGACUCUCUACUGUCACUACCUCCAAAAGUCGACCUAAAGGUUGAAGAAACUGAAUGCCAGAUACGAGGAAAGUCAAAGCUAAUGGUGACUUUGACUAGGAUGACACAACCUCUGCAAUCAAUGAAACGACAUUAUGCUGAUAUGAUUGUCGGUUCAGAAGAAGAUAAUUUGAUUCUCUUUCAUGAGAAAAUAAGGGUGGAUGAGUUUUCAAGCCCCUAUAGCGCAACAAUUUUCCUGUCAAACCCUCCGCAAGGAAAGCUGAAUGUUAAGGCUGAUCUUGUUUUUGAAGAAUAUAUUGGUAUUGACCUCCACCAAAAAGUUGUAUUGGUAAAGGAGAGGAGUUUCAACUUGAAUAACCAAAUGGGAAAAAUGCAGCAAUCCUCUUUUGCUCCACCUCAGGAAGUAUAUGUUAUAGAAGAUGAUGAGGAAACUACGUCUCAAGCUCCAAUUAAAGAUGUCAAUAGCUCUAUAAAAUCCAAAAGGCAAAGCGAAUCUGCGCCCAGUUUCAACCUUCUAGAUGAAGAUUUGGAUGAAGGUGACGCUGAAGGAAAAUUCACUAGCACUUUCAUGAUUUACGUUUCUGUUUUAUUUCACCCCUUUUCACUAAUCACUUGUAUUCUUCCUCUAAUUAUUGAAGGAGAGCUUUCUGUCAAAGUUACCGAAGAGGAAAACAAAAUCAUGACGGAGAAAAACAUAUUUGACAGCAUACGUGAAAAGGCUAAAAGCUUCCCUGAGUUUCCGCCAUCAAAUAUAGUCCAGUCUCCAUCAACUGAAGCUUUGAUUCUCACACGGAAGCGCACUCGUGAGAAGCAACUUGAAUCCUAUAGCGAAGUAGAAGUCCUGAAUGAGUUAGGAGAAAAUAUUCCAAAAUGGUCUAUGGCCAAGUCAUAUGUAGAACCCAGUGAAGCAGAACAAAAUGCUCACAAUACCGGUAAUCAUCCGAUUCAAAAUAACCAUAUCACAGCCAGAAACUCAGAUGCCUCCAACUUUAUGGAUGACGCAGGUGGACUUCCCCCUGAUCCUAAAGAUUUCCCCUUCAAAUCUUUUACUGAAGAGACAAUAUUUGAUCACAUCCGCAAAAAAGCUAAGAAUUUUCCUCAGUUGAGGAAACAGCCUGAGUAUUGCACCGAUGCUUUUGACGUAUUGCAAGGGACAAAAUGCAGUGAUGUUAUGGGAGAUUAUAUACUCAUCUCUGAUACAGAAAACGGCGAGGUUGAGAAAGAUGUGUAUGGUAGCAGGGUGAGCCAAAAGGUGAAACAAAACCUAUAUUCUGGAAGUUCUUAUCAAACAUUUGGGACAAAGAAUGUCACCCCUAGAAUUUCAAGCACCGGUACUGAUCAAUCAUCGAUUAAAAUGCCUGCUUUUGAUGUCCCAGUCUUGAAGAAUAGCAAAGAAAAAUCCGACCCAUGCAGCUCAAUUGAGAGUAGAAAAAAGCAGCGCCAUUAUCCUAGUGUAUUACAAAAGCAGUGCCGCUCAUUGGCGACAGCAAGUAAAAUCAGAGAAGUAGAAUCAUUUCUUGGAUUUGAGACUGUCUUUUCCUUUCUAUGAUGGAAAUUAG